AUGAUGCUUCCGAGAAUUGGACUACAAUGCGUACGCCACGCGCAAUUGCAGAACCCAAAGAGACCAAUAGCUGGAGACAAAGUCAAAUGCCGAUCUCCGAAGAGGAUGACAGGGCAGGCAAACUUUGGUUCAGCCAUCGAACAUAUCGACCAAACUUUCGAACACGUGGUGACCACAAUCUCAGGGCUUGCCUUUGAUCUAUGGAAGGUGUUGUACUGGGAACAAUCAAUCGAUAUCGCUGCAGAAAGUGCUGAGCAGUAUAUGGCCCGAGACGCGCAAUCAGACCUUAUGCAGAGAGAGCGUGUAUAUGAGCCACUCCAACGAGCAAGCGCCGUACCUAGACAGUGUCUGUUGAUGAUAGUCCCCAUGGGGCCUUCCCCUGAGUGA